AUGCUUUUAAAAAUUGGACAACAUAUCCUAGGUAACGUGAUAGGUUUCUUGACGACCAUCAUCGGGAUAUUCCAGAUGCAGUUGUUCCGUGAUGUAAACAUCAGUUUACGUCAAGUUCAGGUACUACUUCAUCGGCCAUCUGCAUCGCUUGCCAACCUUGAUCUCUCGUCAAACUCAGCCACAAACCUCGUCGAUGAUUUCACCAUUUCAACACCCAAUGGCGUCACCAGAAACGCUGAAUACACGUAAAUGUUUGAAAUUAGUGUUCAAUAGUGAUCAAGUUGCCAAGUACUUGUUUUCCUUUUGAAAAUUUACUGCGUGUACUGUGGUACUCACUUAGUGCGUAUCAGUUUGACUUUCUGCAAUUUCGAUGUGCCUAUGCGCUGUUAUUUCGGUCUCGCCCUAUCUGGCGAUAUUCACUGUGGUUGUGACACUUGUUAGCUGCACGUUAGUUCUCGUUCUCAUCGCUCAAGGCAUUGUUCUUCAUUUUUCCUAGCCGGCUGCAGUAGGGGCGCAGUCACACUUUUUCA